AUGCAUCCAAAGUUCCACGCUAGCUCCUCCUUCGUCACGUCUAUCUUUUUGCAGUAUCUCGCGAAUGCCGUCCGCGCUUGCUGGGGUGUUAUUGCGUUCGGAUCCGCCCUGGUCCCCGCCCUGUAUCCCAUCUCCUUGCGGUGGCUCCUGUAUGAGUCCCCAUAUGACCAUGCGUUCUGUUUCCGCGGCUACUCGUUCCUUCCUCUCCGCCUCGAGUCCCUUCCUCUUCCCUUCCCGUACUUUGAUUAUUGA